CUUAGUCACCCCGAGGCCACCCUUGCCCGGGGCCCGCGCCCCCUCCUUCCCGGGGGCCGGCCCCAGGGCCGCACCCUCCGCGCACUUCCGCGCAUGGCCCUGCUGCCCCGGGCCCUGCACGCCAGCGAGUGGCCGAGCUGGCAGCGGGCGGCGCGUGCCCUCGCCGGCUCCCCGCGCGCCCCCGCCGUUUCCCGCUGCGUGGCCCGCGCCAUGGCGUGCAGGCAGGAGCCGCAGCCGCAGGGCCCGCCGCCCGGCACCCGGGCCUACGACUACCUGGUGAUCGGCGGCGGCUCGGGCGGGCUGGCCAGCGCGCGCCGGGCGGCCGAGCUGGGCGCCAGGGUCGCCGUGGUGGAGAGCCACAAGCUGGGCGGCACUUGCGUGAAUGUCGGAUGUGUCCCCAAAAAGAUAAUGUGGAACACAGCUGUGCACUCUGAAUUCAUGCAUGAUCAUGUUGAUUACGGAUUUCAGAGCUGUAAUGGUAAAUUCAAUUGGCGGGUGAUAAAGGAAAAACGGGACGCCUACGUGAGCCGCCUGAACACCAUCUAUGAAAAUAAUCUAACCAAGGCCAAAAUAGAAAUCAUCAAUGGCUACGCAGCGUUCACCGGGGACCCCAGGCCCACAGUAGAGGUCGGUGGGGAAAAGUACACUGCUCCUCACAUCCUGAUUGCAACAGGUGGCGUGCCCUCGCAUCCACUGGAGAGCCAGGUCCCGGGUGCCAGCUUGGGAAUAACCAGUGAUGGAUUCUUUCAGCUGGAAGAAUUGCCUGGCCGCAGCGUCAUUGUCGGUGCAGGAUACAUCGCCGUGGAGAUAGCGGGGAUCCUCUCUGCCCUGGGCUCCAAGACAUCACUCAUGAUACGACACGAUAAGGUACUUAGAAGUUUUGAUUCAAUAAUCAGUUCCAACUGCACGGAAGAGCUGGAGAAUGCUGGCAUAGAGGUCCUGAAGCACUCGCAGGUCAAGGAAAUUAAAAAGACUUCCUCGGGCUUGGAAGUCUCCAUGGUUACUUCAGUUCCUGGUAGGAAACCCAUCAUGACCACGAUUCCAGAUGUUGACUGCCUUCUCUGGGCCAUUGGGCGGGACCCAAAUUCCAAGGGCCUGAAUUUAAACAAACUGGGGAUUCAGACUGACGCCAAAGGUCACAUCAUCGUAGAUGAAUUCCAGAAUACUAAUGUAAAAGGCAUCUACGCAGUUGGGGAUGUGUGUGGAAAGGCUCUUCUUACUCCAGUUGCCAUCGCUGCUGGCCGAAAACUUGCCCACAGACUUUUUGAAUGCAAAGAAGAUUCCAAAUUAGACUAUGACAACAUCCCCACGGUGGUCUUCAGCCACCCCCCUAUUGGCACAGUGGGCCUCACGGAAGAUGAGGCCAUUUCUAAAUAUGGAAAAGAAAAUGUGAAGACCUAUUCAACCACCUUUACCCCAAUGUAUCAUGCGGUUACCAAAAGGAAAACAAAGUGUGUGAUGAAAAUGAUUUGUGCUAACAAAGAGGAGAAGGUAUGGGAAAUUCCCAGUAAGCUAAAGAGUGACUUUAAGGUGGUUGGGAUCCAUAUGCAAGGAAUUGGGUGUGAUGAAAUGCUGCAGGGGUUUGCUGUUGCAGUCAAAAUGGGAGCCACAAAAGCCGACUUUGACAACACGGUUGCCAUUCACCCUACCUCUUCGGAAGAACUGGUUACACUUCGUUGAGAACUCAGAGACUCGUGUGGCUGGCAGUUGGACCAGUAGACCUUCUGAAAUGAACCAAAUAAUCACAUUUACUUAAACUGUUUCUAUUUUAUGUAUUCCUUUAUUAUAUCCAGGAUCUCCUGAGAGUGGAAAAUUUCAAUAAAAAAUAAAAUGU